GGAGUUCAGCCAAUCGCCGCGCUCCGAGAGAGCAGGCGCCGGUGGGCGGGAUCCCGGGGCGAGGGCCUGCGGGCCGCUGGGAGUGGAGACAUCGGUGCUCCAGGCGAGUGAGCGGGCGGAGGACGGGGUCCGGACGGUGCAGUGCGGGCUGCGGCGCAGAUGUCAUGUGGCCUGUGCUCUGGACCGUGGUGCGUACCUAUGCUCCCUAUGUCACAUUUCCUGUGGCCUUUGUGGUCGGGGCCGUGGGUUACCACCUGGAAUGGUUCAUCCGGGGAAAGGAUCCCCAGCCCGCGGAGGAGGAGAAGAGCAUCUCUGAGCGCCGGGAGGACCGCAAGCUGGAUGAACUGCUAGGCAAGGACCACACCCAGGUGGUGAGCCUUAAGGACAAGCUGGAAUUUGCCCCUAAAGCUGUCCUGAACAGAAACCGCCCGGAGAAGAACUAAUGGAGGACACAGAGCCCCAUGGGUCCUUCUGUGGGCCAUGAGUGGCCCUGCCACCGUGUCUACCCGGCCCCAGAACCCCCAUGUCAUUUGCUUUGUUGCUUCUCCUGGCCCUUCCCACACCACCCAGCCUUGCACAUACUGGCUGCUGUUCUGUUGCCAGGCAGACACGUGAGCAGCCGAGGGGCCAGCGAAGAGGAAAGGCCCUUGGGGGUUCUGGCCUGAAGGUUGCAUCCGUUGUGUGGUGCGCAGGCUUCUGCGCUUCUGGGCGUGCUGCUGGGGGAAGUGUUAUAAACGAUGGCCGUCUGCUUCUGCGGGGAGGCUCUUCGGCCUCGGCGGGGAGGGGCUGGAGUUGGGGCUGCCUUAGGAGGCAUGCCUGCAGGCCUAGUUCCUGUGUGCACUGGGAAGAAUUCAAAAAGCUACCUGGCUUCUUUCACUAGUUUGCCCUCUUCCUGUGCUCAUUCUUCCUGAAAUCCUACCCUAUCAGGUCAGGAAAGAGACUCUUCGGGGAGGAAAGCCUUUUUCUGUUCUUGGAAGUCCAGGCAGUUUGCCUUGGGACAGGUGAAUUUGCUUGAAAACAGUCAUGAUUUUUCACCCCUCCCCCCCCAUCACUGUAUGGUACAAAACUUGAUUAAAGUGGCAUCUGAGAA